CAGGGCGGCGUGCGAGCGAUUGUGGCAUGGCGACGUUGGCAAUGUGCACCCGUAGAGUCGUGGACUAGUGUGAACGAAAAAGUGCAUGAUGUCCUCUAGUCAUGCAUUAUCUCUGCACCUGAAAUUGUGCAAGCUGGUUGUGGAGGCGUCCGUGGAAGAAAGCACAAGCUGGGGAGAUCUGUACAAGCUAUUGCCGCAGCUGCGCCAGGCGUUAGCGUGCACAGUUUGUGGGUGUAUUAUAGAAAACCCCAUAAGCCCAUCUGAUAGUCAGUGCCAGCACAGUGUUUGUUUUUCCUGCAAUGGUGGCAAGAAGAGGCUGAAACCAUCUUGCAGUUACUGCAAAGAUUAUUCUGCAUACAUCUCAAACCAACAGCUUCAGUUGAUUGUUGAAGCAUUCCGCAAGACUUGUCAGUAUUUGCAACAAACUGAAAUCUAUCAGAAGCUGAACUCUUUUUCACUGAAUGGGAGCAAGUCCAGUCUGGUUGAACUGAUACAGGAGGGAGCUAACUGUCAAGGGCCCAGUGAGUGGACUGUGAAGGAGGAUGAAGACAGUUUUGAAGAUGUUCCUGUUGUGAAAAGUGAGAUGGUUGAUUCAGAGCAUUCCUCCAAUGAGGGUGUCAUGUACCAUGCCAAUAUUCAUAUAUCAAGCCCAGUGAACCCACCUGUCAUCACUUCUCAACAGAUCAUUCCAGUGUCUACAUCAGGAGUCUAUUCACAGCCAUCUCACCCUAGUCCUGAAGUUCACUUUUCCCAGCAGCCUGCCAUGUCCCACAUGUCCUCACCACUAUCUCAACCACCCCCACCAUCAUCAUCUGCUCCUGCCCAUCAUCCACUAUAUUCAAUGUUCUUUUCAAGUGAUGGUGACAAAGCUGCAAAGAUGAAAGUGACACCAGUGGAAGCAGCCAACUACCACAAGUAUCCAGCAGUUACUUCAUUUGGCCAGGUUGGGCCAGAGUAUACCAACAGCAGGGUGAUGCAGAAUGGCAGUAUCACAGCAUCAAGGAGCGGGGGAAGAAAAAAGCUUCAGAAAGGUUGCAGAUGUGGAAAUGCAACACCAACACCUGGAAAACUCACCUGUUGUGGCCAAAGAUGCCCCUGUUAUGUUGAGUCCAGGGCUUGCAUGGACUGCAAGUGCAGAGGCUGCAGAAAUCCUCACAGACCUGGAGGGAAGAAGGUGAGGCCUCACAUACCAAACCAAGAAAACAUCAAAAUACAUGAGCUGCAACCUGUGCUGCAGCCACCAGCAGCACCAGAAGCUGCACAGAACCUGCAGCAGCAGCCAGUGUACCAGCCCAUGAGAAUAGACUCACCCCAUCAGGCGGCUACAUUGCCACCAGUUCAUCAUGUCAUUCACAUGCAACAUCCAGUGUUUCAAGGGCCCAUGUUCAUCAAUACUGUCCCUGUGGCAACCAUUGGGAGCAAUGUGUUCAUGACUGACUCUUCUCAGAACAGUGACUCUAUAGAAGUGUGAUGUGAUACAAUGUCUUAGCUGUCAGACAUGCUGCUAAUUUACAACAUUACUCAGGCUAUCUUCAUUAAGGUGAGUAGAUGUCUGCAUUAUUGCUGUGAAAUGGAGCUGUAAUAGUGGGCUGAGUAGACUAGAUUUGAGAGCAUCUGUAGAGCUGGAUGGCAUCUUAUGUACAAAUUGCAACUCUGGCUGGAGUUUUUAUUUUCAUCAUGUACCCAUUGCAUUGUAAUGGUUCAAAGGAAGUGUGAGCAUUGUAUGGAGUGAAAGCAAUCUUUGCUUCAAAGCAAAUAGUUUGUAUUUUCCUGAAUUGUUUCUCAACUUGACCAAACUUUUACUAGCCAAGUUUGAAUAUUUUUGACAUCCUAGUAUUUUGUUUAUUGUUGCUUUUAUCUCCAGUUUUAUUACGCUGGUCUUGUGCUUGAAAAUGCUAUGUGACCUGCCAUGCAGACCACAAGUAUUCAUUCUUUUGAAAUGACUGCCGUGUUCGCGCCAACAAUCAGUUCAGCAUGCGAUUUAUUAUCUCUGGUGUUUAGUGUUUACAUUUACAUGCCAGCAGGUCGUUUCAUGUUACAUGUGGGUGCUGCAGCUGUGUCAAUGCCUGUAGGAGGAAAUACGUUCCAGUCUCGUCUUCUGCGCCAUCAGAUGUAACAAUAUUGACGAAAUAUAUUGAAAUGCAAGUGCAAUUGAAACUUGACGUUUCCUCGUCCGUGGAGUGUGAGAUGUGAAAUACACGCUCUCCAGGGCAUAACAGG